AUGUUCGCAGGUCACGUGACUGCCAAACAUGGCUCUCGCCGUAUUGAUCAAGGCGUAUCGCUGAAAUGACAACAUAGCUGGAACAAUAUCCAUUGAUAUUAUCACUGGCCACAUUUCAGCGCUACAAUGCAAAAGAUAAAGUCUCUCAUGGCCCGGCAGGGUCUAAAAAGCCCUCCGGACAGCAUGGCGGACCUCAGUCCUGUGGAGAACUUUAAGAUACCAAGCAAGGAAGAGUUGCGGGAGCUCAGGGAGCAACCCAUCGACCCUCAGGCCGAGCAAGAGAUCAUCGAGAGUAUCGAGGAGAUCUACUUCUCUAACGACUCUUUUGACAUGGUGCAGCAUGAACUGGAGAAACUCCCGACCGAGUUAAACCUGCUGGAGUUGGAAGAGUACCGAGACAGACUGAAGAGACAACAGGCAGCUGUUUCGAAAAAGGUUGCUGAUCUCAUUCUGGAGAAACAGCCAUCUUAUGUCAAGGAGCUGGAGAGAGUGACGGCGUUGCAGACCAACCUGCAGCUGGCUGCUGUCAUUUGUACAAAUGCAAGAAGGCAACUGAGUGUGUCAAAAGAGGGAUUCACAGAAGCGAGCUUGGGCUUAUUAGCUAAUCAGAGAAAGCGGCAGCUCCUCACAGGCCUGCUGAAGUCUCUUCGGACCAUCAAGACACUGCAAAGAACAGACGUACGACUCAGCGAAAUGCUCGAGGAGGAAGACUAUCCUGGCGCUAUCCAGCUCUGUCUGGAAUGUCAGAAGGCUGCCAGCACAUUCAAACACUACAGCUGCAUCAGUGAAUUGAAUUCUAAACUGCAAGACACUCUGGAGCAAAUAGAGGAGCAGCUUGACGUUGCCCUGUCAAAGACUUGCAAACACUUUGACGUUGCACACUAUACCAAGGUCCAGCUGGCCUACACACUGCUGGGGAAGACACAGACUGCCAUGGACCAGCUCCACAUGCACUUCACCCAAGCCAUCCACAAUACUGUGUUUCAAGUGGUGCUGGGAUACGUCGAGCUCUGCGCUGGCAAUGCUGAUACCAAGUUUCAGAAGAUGCAGUAUAAGGAUCUGUGUACGCAUAUCACCCCAGACAGCUACAUUCCGUGUCUGACGGAUCUGUGCAAGGCGUUGUGGGAGGUGAUGUUGAGUUACCACCGCACGAUGCAGUGGCACGAGGAGCAUGACAAGCAAGCGACCACACCUACUCCAGACGAUGCAGUGGCGACACAAUCUGAUGAGUUGGGGAUAGACCGCACCUAUGUGAAAAAGAAGCUGGAGCACGGACUGACACGGAUCUGGCAGGAUGUCCAGUUGAAGGUGAAGGCCUACAUCCUGGGGACUGACAUGUCUCACUUCAAAUAUGAUGACUUCAUCGUGGUAUUGGAUGUCAUCAGCAGGCUGAUGCAGGUGGGGGAGGAGUUCUGUAGCAGUAAGUCGGAGGUCUUGCAAGAGUCCAUUAAACGCCAGAGCGUCAACUACUUCAAAAACUACCACAGGGCACGACUGGAGGAGCUACGUAUGUUUCUUGAGAAUGAAACAUGGGAACUUUGCCCUGUCAAGUCAAACUUCAAUAUCUCACAGCUCCAUGAGUUUAAGUUCAUGGACCAGUGUCGCUCCCCUCCGCUUUCCCCGAGCAAGCAGGGUGCCUUCCAAAUCCAAGAGGAACUGUCUCUGUUCCAAAAAUACCUGCAAGAUGGGAACCCCUUUGAGAUGCAUAUCGAGCAGAAGGAGGAAGAGACGGAGGAUGUUCUGGCAUCCAAUGGGUACGAGUCCGACGAGCUUGAGAAGAGCGCUUAUCAGGAUUACGACAGCGACAGCGAUGUCCCCGAGGAGCUGAAGCAGGACUACGUUGACGAGCAGACGGGAGACGUUCCUCUCAAGAGUGUGUCUCGCGAGACCAUACGAAGCAAGAAGAGGUCCGAUUACAACCUGAAUAAGACCAACGCCCCGAUUCUUACCAACACAACUCUCAAUGUGAGCCGGCUUGUCGGGAAAUACAUGCAGAUGAUGAGUAUUCUGAAGCCCAUUGCCUUUGACGUCAUCCACUGUGUGUCGCAGCUCUUUGACUACUACCUCUAUGCUGUUUACACCUUCUUUGGAAGAAAUGACAUGCCUGUCCCAAGCCCAUCUUUGCCAACACACGGUGGCAGAGAGUCGGGUACGGCCCGAAUGGUGGGCCCUGCUUGUUUGUAUGAAUCAUCGGGUCUGGGCCUGAUCAGCAGCAGACUGCGAACCACGCUGAACCGGAUCCAGGAGAGCCUCAUUGACAUGGAGGCAGGCGGUGAAAAUACCGCUCUGCACGCUUCCACCGAGGACAGGAAGGAGAAGGUACCGAGCCCCCACCUUAGCCAAAUGGUGGUCCUCACCAACAGCGGCACGCUUUAUGGACUGGCACAGAGAGUGGUCGCCACAGAGUCCCUUGUGUUUUUGGCUGAGCAGUUUGAGUCGCUUCAAUCCCAUUUGGACACGAUGAUGCCCGCUGCCAAGAAGCCUUUUUUGCAGCAGUUCUAUUCCCAGACCGUGUCUACAGCCAGUGAGCUGCGGAAGCCCAUUUACUGGAUCGUGGCAGCCAAGGCCAUUGACUACGAACAAAUGUUGCUCCUGAUGUCUGGCGUUAAAUGGGACAUUAAAGAGAUCAUGUCCCAGCAUAACAUGUACGUGGAUGUGCUCUUAAAGGAGUUUGAGAUGUUCAACACGCAGCUGGACGACAUCUCCAGGCACGUGCGCAUCCCACUGCCCGUGUCCAAUGUCUUGUGGGAGCACUGCAUCCGCUUGGCCAACAGGACUCUGGUAGAGGGUUAUGCAAAUGUGAAGAAAUGCAGCAACGAAGGUCGAGCCCUGAUGCAGCUGGACUUCCAACAGUUCUUGAUGAAGUUGGAGAAGCUGACUGACCUCAGGCCCAUUCCCGAUAAGGAGUUUGUCGAGACCUACAUCAAGGCGUACUACCUGACGGAAAAUGAUAUGGAGCAGUUUAUCAAGAACCACAGGGAGUACUCCAUGAAACAGCUAGCAAACCUGGUGAAUGUUUGUCUGGGCUCCCACAUAAACAAGAAAGCCCGCCAGAAACUUCUGGCCGCCAUUGAUGACAUUGACAGACCCAAGAGAUAGAUUGCAUCUAAAUGUACCAGGCAGCGUGAUGAGAUGUAAAAAACAGUUGAACAUGUGAAUCCUCUGACAUUAACCAAGUGCUUUGUAUGAUGGAUGUAGUAAAACAUGUCUGUUUGUUUCAUGUCUGUACUGCAACGUUCUUUAACCUCCUUGUUUUGUUUUAGUCAGAACUUCCCUGCAGUUUUUGUCUUUUUUCCAGUUCACCAUAAGGAAAGCUGGAAUUCUUCGUGUAAUAAAUUAGGUGAGAACUGUGUAUCCAUUCCAAAAUCACAUGCUGGUUCACAUUUUUUUUUAGAUGAUGAUUUAUUUGUUGUUCAAGCACUCCAGUGAAUGAUAACUAGAAAUUUGCACUUGAAUGACUCCUGCUUGCCUUCUUGUUUGUUUUGUUUCGUUGAAGAGUCUUUAAUAUAAUUAUGAUUAACAGUGAGAUUAUAUAUAUACAUACACCUAGAAUUGACUGCACUCCUUAUUAUGUGGAAAUGAUGUGAUUUUACCUUCCAGGCACCAUGUUAGGAAUUUACAAAGGAAUACUGCAAAGAGAAGAAAAAAAGAAUCAAUGUCUGUAUGUAUUCUUGAUCGUGCAUCAUCUUCAGAGUAGAAAAGUGCAAAAUGUGAAUGUUUUCAACAAGGGGUGUAUUUAUUUCCAGCUCUUUGUCUUCUUUUUGGGGUUUUAUCUAACAAGCAGGCUUACCAUCAUGGUGUCAUCCAUCAAUUGAAACAAAUGCAAAUAGUACUUAACCAGUUUGUCAGAGCCGGCCGGAAUUAUGGUUGAACCAGGAUAAUUCUACCUUAAUAAACAGAUUAGUAAUACACA